AUGUAUGUAUUAAUCAAUAGUUUACUAAAAAGCGAAGAGUGGGUAGAAGUUACGCAUGACAUGAGAAUGGAGGAAGCAGCCAGAGAAGCGCGAGAAGAGCAAGAAAUGCCAGGACCUGCUCUUCCUGAGCAUCUAAACGCUCGAAACCAACUCGGACUUAAUAUCAAGGCAAAAGGACCAACGCCUUCAAAUUGUUAUUAUGUUUAUAGCUAUGGCAAAGACAUGCUCAAAGGAGAGGCUGCAGCAAUGGCUGCAUAUGCUGCUAGAGGAGAACGUAUUCCAAGAAGAGGUGAAAUUGGCCUGUCUUCUGCUGAAAUCAGUGAGUUCGAGAAAGUUGGUUAUGUGAUGAGCGGUACCAGACACAAAGCCAUGGAAGCUACUCGGUUACGCAAGGAGAAUCAGGAAGCUGCCAUGUUGGAACAAAUGCGCAGCUUGAUAGCGUCAAAACGUGCAGAAUAG